AUGAGAAGCGGAUGGGCGGCCUGGCGGGUGAACGCGCGCGGGUUGGAAGGCGCGGGACCGUUGGUGGCCGUGAUGGAGGCGGUGCUGAGGUGCUCGGCUGGUGACAUGGCAGCUGUGAGCUCACAGAAGAGGAGCCAGAGCCCUACUCAGACUGCCUUUGAGACUCCUGUGAAAAGAAGGGUGCUGGAUUUUGCUGAAAGCCUCAAGAAAUCAAGAGCUCGCUGGUUUUCUUCUCAGAUCAAAUGGUCACCUGGCUCCAGCGAUGAGGAAAGUGGAGCUGUUUCUGUGAAGCCAGCACCACUGAGGAGGUUGGAUGUGUCCCCACUGCAGGCUGCCAGCAUCCCCACUGCUACACGCAGGGAGUUUUCCUCCCAGUUAUCCCCUAAGCCUGCUGCCUCAUACCAACCCAUCGUGCCCGUGAUGUCUUUUUAUAGCAAGGAAAAGCAAUACCUUACUAUUCUAGAGAGGAAACAGCUGAGUGAGAGUGGAGCUUUUGGGGACAGGGGCAGUUGUAAGAGUCCCCUGGCUGCCAGCAGGACUGAGAAAGUUAAUGUGAAUGUCAGCAGGAACACGAAUUCGAAGCCAGCCAGGCCUGCAGCUGGUUCCAAGCAUGGCAAAACUGCCCCCAAAGCCCUUAAGAAGCUGAAAGCAGAUGCACCCCCUAAAAAACCUAGUGUGGGGAAAGAGAAUACUCCUUGUCUAAUUAAGAAGAAGAUGGAUUCACCCUUCAGAGUCCUCAGCAUGACAGUGAAACCGGCUCUGAGGCUUCAGUCGGGAGCAGCAUUCUUUUCUGCCAGCAAGAAGUCGCACUCUAAGAAACCACCCUUAGACCUUAAGCCUCUCCAGACUCCCCCCAGGUCUCAUUCAGCUGAUGCCAACAAAAGCCUCGAGGCAGACAGUGCACAGAGAAGUACUUCUGUGCCUCAGAAGAGAGAAAACAACAACAGAGAGAACUUUCCGAGUUGUGUAAAUCAAGAGAGAAAUACUGCACACGAAGGAAAGGCGUCUCUGCAGCAAAGUGCAGGCAGCACUGUUGUUGCUUCUCAUCCUUCUGAGACUGAAGAGUGCAGCCAUGCAGGGAGCACGGACGGUGGUGAGAUUAGUUCUUCCACAACAUGCCAGUCAGAUGAUUGCAUUCCUUCCAGCCAACCUCCACACGAAGGGAGUAAGAAGGCAUCUUCGAAUGCCCUUGUCUACCCCAUAUUCAGUGGGCCCCCUACCAGCAAGAAGAGGGCGCUGGAUGAACUGAGUUCUCCAUUUGGAUCCAGUCCACCUGCAAAAAUGCCUCACGGUGUGCAGAAAAGCAAGAAAGCGAGAGAACUCUGCAAGCAGUCCAACGAUCAGAUGAUCAUUGAUGCAGGACAGAAGCAUUUUGGUACCGUUGCCUGCAAGUCAUGUGGCAUGAUCUACACAGCUGCCAGCCCUGAGGACGAAGCCCAACACAUCCAGUACCACGAGAGAUUCCUCGAGUGCCUCAGAUAUGUGUGUUGGAAGAAAGAACGGGUUGUGGCAGAGUUCUGGGAUGGGAAAAUCGUAUUGAUUCUUCCAGAUGACCCAAAAUACGCAGUCAAGAAGGCAGAAGACGUGCGAGAGAUUGUAGAUAAUGAGCUGGGCUUCAAGCAAGUUGCCUUGAGUUGCCCAGCCAAGACUAAAACCUACUUGUUUGUGUCCAACGAGAAGAUGAUUGUUGGGUGCCUGGUGGCUGAAUCAAUUAAGCAGGCUUUCCGGGUGCUGUGUGAGCCCAGCACGACUCAGAGCCCUGGGCAGGAUGCCCUGCAGCAGCAGCGGGCAUGGCGCUGCUCCACGGAGCCGGAGCCUGCAGUGUGUGGGGUCAGCAGGAUCUGGGUGUUCGGCCUCGCACGCAGGAGGGGCAUCGCACGGCGCCUGGUGGACGUGGUCAGGAGCACAUUCAUGUAUGGCAGCUACCUGAGCACUGAGGAAAUUGCCUUCUCUGACCCCACACCAGAUGGCAAACAGUUUGCAACCAAAUACUGCCAAACACCCACCUUCCUCGUCUACAACUUUGUUUAUGGCAACUGACUGGACUUGAUUACCACUAGCUGUGAGUAGCUCCAAUCAUUUACCAUGACUUUGUUGCUUUUAAAGUAACACUUUAAUGUUAGGGCCUGGUGAACUCUGGCUUCCUGCUGAGCACUCGUUUUUCCUGCAGUUGUGGGAAGGCAACACCUUCUGUACACUGGUGGUGGAUGCUGUGAACGCAAGGAAGCUUGCUUGGAUUGCAGAUAAUUUUCUUUCUAAAUCGAAGUUUUAUUACAAAUAACUUUAUUUCUUUAAGAGUUUGAAUUAAUAUAAAACUGUUUGUUUCUCUCCCUGGAUGUGUGGGUGUUUGAACUCUCCAUGCAUGUGCUGGGGAACAUCCUGGGGCUUGUGAGGGUUUGAUGUGCACUGUUGUGAGAAAGCUGCUUGAAACUAUCUGCUGAACGUGCAGGAGCUGAAUGUAAAGGGCUGGGGCAGAGGCAGUGGUGGGAAAGCUGUCCCUAAAUUUGUGCAUACAGACAACAAGAACACGGGGCAGGGUUUCCCUCAGCCUCCAGUGCACGAAGUCUGGGAACCUUUGAAGUGUUGUGCUGCAGAGAUUGCUUGUUCAAUAAACUGUUCAAAAUGCU